UUCGGAAAGCUGACGAGAAUAGUAAAGGUGAAAGUUUGUGUCGUGGCAAUUUUUUUGAAUAUUCAAUUAAAAUUUGGUACAUUUGAAUAUAUAGAAAUUAAUUAGAUUAUUUUUUCAAUUGAAAAUUUAAAAUAUUUUAAAUAAUUAAUUUCUUAGUAUAAAUUUUUUUUUCCGUAAAACAUACAAAUUUUAAACAGAGGAAAUAAAAAAUAAAAAGUUUAGUGACCCGUCGUGGUAUUGUGGUGCUUGUGUUAUUUCUGUUUUUUGCAGACUGCAUUUUAAAAGCAGAGCAAUUUUUCCUUUUUUUUUGAUUCAUUGUUUUCGUUUUGUUUACAAAAAAUAAAAAUUUUAAAAUAAAAAAGCAAAAAUUAGGUUGAAUCGGAACUUUUGCUUAUAUUGAGAAAAAAAAAUAAAUAUAAAAAAAGUUUAUUUGAUAAAAAUUUGUGAAAGAAAAUUCUGAAAAAACAAAAAAAAGAAAUUGUUAAAUAAAUAGGCUUUGGAUUACAAUUUCAAAAGGAUACAAAAAUUUCCAUCAGAAUGUCUGCAUCAAGCGAAUCAUUAAAAGAAGAAACUCAUCAUCAUCAUGUACAUUUUGAUAGAGCUAGCUUAAAAGAUGAUUUUGAAUCGGAAAAUUUUGUAACAUAUCAACGUACAGAUGAUGGUAUUACAGUUAAUUUAGGUUUUUUACAAAUAAAUCAUAAAUAUGCAAUUGAUUUAAAACUGCCCUCAAAAUAUUUUGAUGAGUUUACAAAAUUGGAUGAUUCAAAUUCAUUUAUACCGGAUGUAUCAAGUGAUGUACCAAAUUUAAAUUGUCAUGUUAUAGAUUUUUGUGGUAAACCGACAACAUCAUCAGAUGGUUAUUAUGAAAUGAAAAUUGAUUUUUUUGCAUAUAAAGAAAAAUUAUUAAAAGAGGCAAUUAAAAUUGUAAAUGCAAAAAAUUCUGAAGAAAUAUUAAAAUUAAUAAUAAUUGCUAGAGUACUUGGUAAAGGUAAAGGUACACCAAUGUUAAGAAAUGGUAUACAUUGUACUGGUGCUGUUAAAGAUGAUGAGUCAGAAUCAUCAGAUUUUUCAACAACUGGAAAAUGAAUUAAUUUUUAAUAUAAAAUAUAAUUAUAUGAAAAUUUUAUUUACUUUUCCUUAUAAUUUUUUUAAUUUUUUUUUUUUUUCAUAAUUCUAUAUUUUAAUGUUUUUAACUAUUUUUAAUACUUAAUAUUUUAAUAAAAGAAAAGAAAAAACUUAAAUAUAAAUAUGAAAAAAUAAUUAAAUAAUAUUAUGUAAUUUCUAAUACAUAAUUAAUUUAAAUAAGUAAAAAUGAAAAAUAUGAGGAGACGAAAUGAAAGAAAAAAUUAAAAUAUUUAAUUAUUAAUUAAAAAAAAAAAAACAAUAAUUUCAUAUUGGUUAUGACAAAAACAAAAACUUUUAAUAUUUUUUAAUUAAAAAUUGUUAAAUUAAAUUAAUUUUUCGCCUAAUAAUAAUUGAUUACUUAUUAAGUGAAAAAUAAUAUUUUCUAUAUUUAAUAAAUAAUAUAAAAAUUACAUAAAUAGAUUAUAAUUUUAAUUUUGAUGUGAUUUUAAAAUAUCUCGAUAGUUAUCGUACAGAAAUAAACAUCGCCUAUCCCACAUUAUUAAAUUGUAUAAAAUUAAAUUAGGUAUAGUUGCUUAAUUCUAAGAAAGAUACUGGCAGAUCUGAUGAUUCUAAUAUUUGCUUUAUUAUAAUUUUGUAUUACCCAACUGAUUUAUUCGGUCGUUAAUUAUUUCUUUAUAAAUGGUAAUGUAAUGACGGACCAAUUCAAAUUUAAUUUAUUAUUUCAUUAAAUUUGAUAACAAAAUUUAUUUUUUUUAAAAUAUUGAAAUCUAUAAAGAACUUCAUAAAAUUACAACCAAAAAUUUUGAAGACUCUGCAGUUUUAUUUUAAUAACAGAAUUUUAAAUAACUUAUCCGGAAUUAAAUUUAAAUACUGUUGGAUUAAAUGUUAAUAUUAAAAGUUAAAAUCAUCUAAAUUAUAAACAUUUCCAAUUUAAUUUUGUAAUUUGCCAAUUAUUUAUUACAAUAUAGGCAUAG